CCGGCAGUCCCCAGAUGGCUUCCAAUGCGCACUGACUGGCACACUUUGGGGAUGGCGUCAGAGAUGGAGAAGACCCGGGCUCUCCUGCAGUCUUGCAGCACUGAGUCUCUUCUUUCCAGCCUAGGCCUGGGCCUGUUUUGCCUGGUGAUUGACAAACUUCUUCAGUUUUCUGUAAUUCAGCAAAACGACUGGCUUCGUGCCCUCUCGGAUAAUGCAGCGCACUGUGUGAUUGGCAUGUGGUCGUGGGCAGUUGUCAUUGGAAUUAAAAAGAAGACGGACUUUGGAGAAAUUAUUUUAGCUGGACUUCUAGCCUCUGUUAUUGAUGUGGACCACUUUUGUCUAGCUGGAUCCCUCUCUCUAAAGGCUGCUUUGAAUCUUCCACGAAGACCUUUCCUCCAUUGCUCUACUGUGAUACCUGUUGCAGUCUUGACCCUGAAGUUUACUAUGCACCUGUUCAAGCUCAAAGACUCCUGGUGCUUCCUACCUUGGAUGUUAUUUAUAUCCUGGACCUCACAUCAUAUUCGAGAUGGAAUUCGACAUGGCUUAUGGCUAUGCCCAUUUGGAAAAACUUCUCCUUUGCCAUUCUGGCUUUAUGUAAUAAUCACAGCAUCUUUACCUCACAUCUGUUCUAUUGUUAUGUAUUUUACAGGAACCAGACAAAUUAUGUCUUCCAAACAUGGAAUUCUUAUUGAUGUCUAAGGUAAACCACAUAGCUGCUUUAGAGAAGCAAAUUGUUCAGGAAAGGACAAUUAAAAGGUAGCAACAUUAAAGCAAUUUUAAAGUAAAACUUAUUACUAUUGUUCUAGUUCUUUAGUGCAAUUUUAAACAGUAACUAUAGAUGUAGUUUUUAGACAAUCACUUAUUCUGUGCCAUAUUUUUUAUUCUCUUUAUCUGGCUAUAAUACCAUAUUAAAUAAGCAUUCAGUUAUGUUUUCUGGAAACAUUAAUCUCCAUUUGUGAUGAAAAGUAACUCAGAUUUUAAUGA